CCGUUUUGAUCUGAUCUGGCAACCCAUCAGAGGAACCACACAGAGCUUUGCUCUGAGGAAAGGCAGCAGAUUAAGUGAGUCUGUGUUUGUUUACAGGAUUGAGCUUGGAUUUCUGAGUGAGUGUGAAGUUAAUUUGAAGUGAAUUUGAAGGUAGUGAUUUAUUAAAGCUAUCAGGAGUUAGAGAGAAAUCAGAUCUCAGAAAAGGUGGAAAUGUUUUACAUUAAAUUCAACAGUAAAGUGUGUGUUAGUGUGAGAGAAUAAACUCAGAGUCCGGUAAACUGAUGAUAAGAUGAAGAUGAUGAUGAAGAUGAUGAAGAAGAAGCUAAUGAAGAUGAUGCUCUUCGUCUCUUUCCUGCUCCUGCUCUCUCAUUUCUCAGCGAGUUUUCCUCUUAAAGGUUGUGUGUGUGAGCCUGCAGGAAACACCACCAACACAACACGACUCAUUAACAUGCUGCAGAUCAUCAGGAACAAAGACAGAUCCUGGGUAAAUUUGACGUGUGUGUGUCUGCAUGAUUGUGGGCGUGUUGUUCAGCUCGACGUCAGUGAUUCAGUGAUUCAAGUGAAGGAGAGCGAGGGAGAGAUUCUGGAGGACGAGUGUGUGAAGCUGGUGAAGGAUCUGAGCGUGAUGGAGGAACCAGGAGAAGUGCCUGUGUUAUCCGUUGUGAUUCCUCUUGUUGGAGCUUCGGUCUUCAUCAGUCUUCUUCUCCUCAGCUUAUCAGUGAUUAAUAAACAGGGAUCUCAGGUUGGAGGUGUUUUAGGCUCUCUUAUCCAUUAUCCUCCUCACUCUCUGGAGAACACGAUGAAGCAGGAAUCUCUUCUACGCCCCGAGACUAAAACUCUCAUCUGAAAUGUUAAAGCAUCGACAGUAUAUCCUGGUGAGAGCUCCUUCCUGAGGUGGAGGAACAUGGACUCUUCAUGGAGAAUGAAAGAUGUAAAGCAGUUUUGUACAGGCACUUCUGAAACACACACACACACACACUUCCUUUCUUUGUGC